CUCUAAUUACAGUUAAAAGUGAAAAACACUGCAGUUCUUUCAGCCAGUCAGCCAGAGCCAGCAGCCUAUACACACUGUCUCUCUCCCUCAUUCAGCGCCUGGCUCACUCUCUCUACGCUCAACACGCGCUGCUCCUCGCCUCCUCACUGCAUCUGUCCUCUUCUUCCCUGAAGUGAGGUACCAUGCAUCCUGCUCUCUCCUCCUCCUCUUCUCAGCUUGUCUGUCACUAUUCCAGGGUCCCUUUAUCAAACAGAGCAUUCUUGCUGCAAAGCCGGGGACCAUAAAAGCGGUGUUGCUUGCUCGAGGACUUUGGAGACGGGACAAGGCUGUUUUGCCGGGUCUGAGGACAGCUGCUGGAAAACGCUGCUGCUGCUGUUGCUGUUGCCGCUUCCGCUGGGAUGCAGAUCUUUGCGGGGCCUCGGCUUGCUGUGUAACAACGAUUCCUCUCAAAGUUGCAGGAGGGCACGCGUCAAUCAAGAUUCCCAUCCUUGUUUCUCAGAGAGCGCUGGCAACUCACUGUGUGUGACCGGCACAGGAGCCCCGUUUCGACACCUCACACACUGGCCAGGACUGCACUGCUGUUAUGUCCGAUCUUGACGCAACAUCAGCGUGAGAUUCUUGAGAUCUCAUGCUCCCAUCAUUCCUGCCUGUGAUUUCCAUAUGAGAUUCAGCAGCAGCAGGCAGAGCUGGCCUGGACCGCUGACUUUUAACUUCACAUAAGAACAACAAGAACAAAAUCUAACUUCAACGGACAGGGGGACAAAAAAAGACUGUUAAGGACUUUAAGGACACAAACAAAGCCUUGUUUGUCUUGGAGCAGCUCUAGUGGCCUUUGCCAACAGCCAUGCAGGUGUCCUUUGCAUGUACGGACCACGGGCUGAAGGCCCCACGUAACGGCGAGCACAGCAAGCAGAACGCCACCAGCCCCAACACAGCCAGCCAAGCCCGUGCCCGCUUCCGCACCGUGGCCUUGAUAGCUCGCAGCUUGGGCUCCUUCACACACCGCUACCACCACAACCUCAAGGAGUCCACCGCCAAGCUCACUGGCAUGAAGUACCGGAACCUGGGGAAAUCCGGGUUGCGUGUCUCCUGUCUGGGGCUUGGCACAUGGGUAACAUUUGGAGGUCAAAUCUCUGAUGAGGUGGCAGAGCAGCUGAUGACUAUCGCCUAUGAGAGCGGGGUCAACCUGUUCGACACAGCUGAAGUCUACUCCGGGGGGAAAGCGGAGAUAAUCCUUGGAAACAUCAUCAAGAAAAAAUGCUGGAGGAGAUCCAGCCUGGUCAUCACCACAAAGCUCUACUGGGGAGGAAAAGCAGAGACGGAGAGAGGCCUCAACAGAAAGCACAUCAUCGAAGGUUUAAAGGGCUCCCUCCAGAGGAUGCAACUUGAGUAUGUGGAUGUGGUUUUCGCCAACCGGCCAGACAGCAACACUCCCAUGGAGGAGAUAGUGAGAGCAAUGACACAUGUGAUCAACCAGGGGAUGUCCAUGUACUGGGGGACGUCCCGGUGGUCUGCCAUGGAGAUCAUGGAAGCAUACUCUGUGGCCAGGCAGUUUAAUCUAAUUCCACCAGUGUGCGAGCAGGCAGAGUAUCACUUCUACCAGAGGGAGAAAGUGGAAACUCAGCUGCCAGAGCUCUACCAUAAGAUAGGUGUGGGUGUGGUGUCUUGGUCCCCUUUGGCCUGUGGAAUCAUCACUGGGAAGUACGAGAACGGCGUCCCAGAAUCCUCCAGAGCCUCAAUGAAGCCAUACCAGUGGUUGAGGGAGAAGAUAAUGAGCGAGGAUGGGAGAAAACAACAAGCCAAGCUAAAGGAGUUGGCUCAUAUCGCAGAGAAGCUCAGCUGUACUUUGCCGCAGCUAGCCAUAGCCUGGUGCCUGAGGAACGAGGGAGUGAGCUCAGUGCUGCUGGGAUCCUCCAAUGCAAGCCAGCUUACAGAGAACCUGGGAGCCAUUCAGGUAAUUCCAAAGAUGACAGCAGGCAUUGCCUCAGAAGUGGAUCAUAUACUGGGAAAUCGUCCUCACAGUAAAAGGGACUACCACCAUUAGGAUGGACCCUGUUUUAGGAAACUAUGCUCAAAAAAGCCUAUCAAAGCUCACUUCUCACAGCCAUGGCACCCGAGUGUGUGCCCAACUUUGCUUGUGUGCGUGUAUGACUGUAUGUGUGACUGCGUAAAGUGUUCUGCUUGGCUCCUUGUCCGUAUGAUGAUCAACCAGUACUCAUUAUUGUAAAGUGAGCUACUUGACAAAACAUGCAUGCUAAAGCUAUAGCAGCCGGCUACUGGACUGAACAUCAGUUCCAGUGAGAUGAUUUCUGGAGCGCUCUGACAUGUUGCCUAACCACAAAUCUAAAGAAGCAUAACAUUAGAUCAUGGAGAAAUAGAUCACUGCACGAUGAAGCUGAUUGACGACUAGCAUGUGCCAGUUACAAACAAUCAUGAUUUUCUGAAUAAGGGUGUUUUGCAUCAAGAAAAGAAAACUUAGGUGUGACAUAAGCUAAUGGCAGUAAAUACAUGAAAAAAGAUCAGGUGUAUCAAAAUGUACCUAAUGUUAGAGGAAUCAUAUAGAUGUUUGUGCUGUAAAGAAAAAAUCAGUGAUGAGGUGUGUAAUCGGGCCUGUUCUCUGCAGACUGGAUAAUAUGCUCACACCUCCCAGUGCAGCUGGAGCUGACCCGUCAACGUGAUGAAUUAUUUCAGUACUGGAAAAUGCUCACAAUGUUGCUGAUACCAAGAGAGCUAAGACAAACUUAAAUAUGUUUCAAAACAUCUGUUCUGACUGUUAUAUAUAUAUAUAUUUUCCUUAUUAAGCAGCUAUGUCAGAAUAAGCUUUUCAUAUCCCUGUGUUGUAUUUUUUUUUCCACUUAUGCAAAAGUACAGCAUAGUGUACUUCCCUAAUGUGCCCCUUCAGCCUGUUUUAAUUUGGACUAUGCCAGACUUUCUGUCAGUAAUGAUAAUGUCUGAUUCAUUUCAUUUCAGUCUGUGUUGUGGUUAAAACUUUCGUCUAGUCGAAGUUGGGGAGAAGAUGCUCCCGAGGGGGGAGCUUGUGAAUUCAACAAAGCCAUGUAGCUAUUAAGAGACUCAGUAUAAAAAACCCAUGUGGAACCCUGCAGUCAUUGCACCUGGUACUCUUACCCAACUUCUCUCAGAUGCCAUAUUUACAUAAUGGGAUGAUGUUUGUUAUGUUCUGUCUGUUCAAACACGUAUUUUGGUGUCCCUCAUCAGAUUUGUACAUACAAAUAAAGAGCUUAUAAUUCUCAUGUGAUAUGUUUUAGAGGAUAUAUAGUAAUUUUCUAUUAAUUAAAUGGAUGCCUUCUAAUUUUUCGCCCCUUACAAAGUGAAAUAACAAAGCUAGAGUAGACUAACUGUUUGCUGAGUUACAUUGUAAACCGCAGUAAAAAGAAGAAACCUGUGACUUGAAACACUCUGCUGUAGUUACUGCUGUUUGCUGCUGGGGUUUGUCUGUGUCUUCCUGUUUUAUAAUAAAAUAAUGUGUGAAUUA